GGUGGGGUCUCUGAGGGGGCAGCGGUGGAGAGUCCGGGCGGUGGCGGCGGGCGAAGCGGCAGUGGAGGCUGCCAACUGAACCCGAAGAGAUGGCUGCCAUACGCAAGAAACUGGUCAUCGUGGGAGACGGCGCGUGUGGGAAGACCUGCCUCCUUAUUGUCUUCAGCAAGGACCAGUUCCCGGAGGUAUAUGUCCCCACCGUCUUCGAGAACUAUGUGGCUGACAUCGAGGUCGAUGGAAAGCAGGUCGAACUCGCCCUGUGGGAUACUGCGGGCCAAGAGGAUUACGACCGCCUGAGACCCCUCUCUUACCCUGACACGGAUGUCAUCCUCAUGUGCUUCUCCAUUGACAGCCCUGACAGUUUAGAGAACAUCCCCGAGAAGUGGACUCCAGAGGUGAAGCACUUCUGUCCCAACGUGCCUAUCAUCCUGGUGGGGAACAAGAAGGAUCUACGUAAUGAUGAGCACACACGCCGGGAGCUGGCUAAGAUGAAACAGGAGCCGGUGAAGCCGGAGGAGGGCCGGGACAUGGCCAACAGGAUUAGCGCUUUCGGGUACCUGGAAUGCUCUGCCAAGACGAAGGACGGCGUGCGGGAGGUGUUUGAGAUGGCCACCCGGGCUGCCUUGCAAGCCAAGCGUGGGCGUAAGAAGAACUUGUGCCAGUUGCUGUAACCAUCCCCCAGCCUGCC